UUGUAGCGACACGUUGGAAAUACUUUCCAUAAUUUCCAAAUUAAAUUUAACCGCUGUAACUGAACAUGACGGAGGAUAAGGCAACUGAACAGAAACCGGUUGUCGUGAAAUAUUAUUUUUACGGCUGCCUCAUAUCCAUACUUGUCGCUGGUGCCUUGAUUUUUUUAAGAAUCUGCAUCCCACCCCGACAGCUUGACGUUAAGCCAAGCAGAGAAGCAACUUAUUGGCGUAUUUCCCUGUCCGAUUUUAAAUUUUUGUACAUCUUGCACCUUAUUUCGUUCUUUGCUUUCUGUGCAAAUGAUGUUUAUCAAGAAAGCCAGAAAAAAGAAAGUGAUCAGCAAGAUAACUAUAGAUAUGACAAGGAAGAAUUAACUACAAAAAAUGCAGCUGGAAGAAUAACGGACUUACAGAAGGCGACAUUUCGAAGUUCGGAUGGUCGCCUCAAUUUAAAGGAUCAAAUCCAGUCUUACCCUAACAUGAGUACCAGAUCGUCAUCGUCCUCUGCUAAUUUAGGCAACGUGAGAUCUAUUCACACCAACAAAGCGAAUGGGAGCGCUGGGCUUGAUUGGCAAGGUACAACGGUUGGAGAGCCAACCAAAAAUAUAUUGAAUUUGGUAAAAGGAAGACUCCUAGGAAUUAAGGUUCGUUUCCGCGAGGAGGAAGGUCUAACCAGGACAGAGCCUAUUACGAAGCAAUUUGGACGUUCAAAGCAUUGUUCAGGGUCAACUUCCAAUCACAAAGACAGUCAGACUUGUAAUCCUACAAAACCUGAAGACAAACCAGGGCCAUCCACGCCAUUAUCAUCACACACGUGUAAUUCCAUCCUCUCAGUGACACAGCUCAAUGUUCUGCAAAGCAUCUACGAGACGACUCCAAUUCCCAACUAUUUUCUAAAGCAGGAGAUCGCAGAAGUUACUAAGAUGGCAGUGCGCAGUGUCGAAUCAUGGUUCCAGAGUAGAAGGGAUAUCGACAUAAAUUUUCAAACCUUUUUGAAACUGAAGCGGGAACAAUUGGGCAUUGGUGGCACGAUGAAAACAUUGUUCCGUUAUUCCAUUAAUCUUCCAUCCAUAAAGACUACAAGUCAGGUGGUAGAGAAAGAUCAGUUUGGCCCAACCCGAUCCGAAUCCCUCUCUCAGCAUCAAUUAGACAUUCUACAGGCUAGCUAUGCCACAAAGGGUGGUCAAUUAGACACUAAUGUGUUAUCCGCACUGACUACCCUGACCGGAUUGAGUGGACGAAUGAUAUGGAUUUGGUUUCAUAAUCAGGCAAACCAGGACUCUGGAGCGAGUAAUAAAAUAUUGGAGAAAAAUAAUCAUGGUUUGAAAUGGCUGUCAUCAUCAUUUCGUACUAUGGAAAAUUUUCAAACAUUGGAUGAAGGCUGA